CCUCGGGCGACUGCAUCUGGGGGCCUCCAACCGCUCUGGUUCUGCGGGGACUGCCUGCAGCCGUGCCUCUUGGUGCCGUCCCCCCUCUGCCCGCUCUGCCGCCUCCCCUUCGAGCCCAAGAAGGUGGACAGAGCUUCUAAUGUGGAGAAGCAGCUGUCGUCGUACAAGGCCCCGUGCCGAGGCUGCAGCAAGAAGGUCACCCUGGCUAAGAUGAGAUCACACAUCUCCUCCUGCACGAAGGUCCAGGAACAGAUGGCCAACUGCCCCAAGUUCGCCCCCGUGGUGCCCACAUCCCAGCCCAUUCCCAGCAAUAUCCCAAACAGAUCCACCUUCGUCUGUCCCUACUGUGGAGCCCGUAACCUGGAUCAGCAGGAGCUGGUCAAACACUGCAUGGAGAACCACCGCAACGAUCCCAACAGGGUGGUGUGUCCUAUCUGCUCAGCGAUGCCCUGGGGUGACCCGAGCUACAAGAGUGCCAACUUCCUGCAGCAUCUCCUCCACCGGCACAAGUUCUCCUACGACACCUUCGUGGACUACAGCAUCGACGAAGAAGCCUCGUUCCAGGCGGCCCUGGCGUUGUCCCUGUCUGAGAACUGAGCCGCGGACCGGAGCCGGAUCCCGCCCCGCAGGUCACCGAUCCGAAGCCCGGGGGGACAAGAGGCUGGCUCGCUCCUCAGCGCUCCCCGCCAAUUAGGCCUCCCCGUCACCUUUAUCCGAACCGCACCUUUUCUAAUAAGGUGGAGUCGUUACCCAUUGCACAGAGCGAGCGCGGGGUCAGCCCCGAAGGCCGGUCCUCGGUGCCCUCCGGGAGGUGGGGAGGAGCCGGAGCUUCCUUUACCAGACAGAGGGUUUGGUUGGCGUGGAAACCUUCCCCCGCCCCGUUUCUGGUAGCGGGAAGUUGACGCGUUCGGUGCCGUUUGGCACGGGAGAUCCUCCGGAGCUCGGCGAGGUGGCCGGGGGGUGUGAAACUGGGUGAAAUCCGAGCGGUCGGUCGUAGCUUGGCAAGCGCGGAGCCCGCUUCUCGCUUCUAGGAGCCCUGCCGGGAACGCAGCAGCCUCCCGGCCCCGUCGGCCGGAGAGGAGAGGCCCGAGCAGCCCCAUCCCGACACCUGGCACUCAGUAAAGCUUCCACCUUGCUCAUUU